GUCAGCGGCUUCCUCUGCAUCCUCUCGGAAUUCUUCCUCACCGCCCUCGAACCUAACACCGCAGCCUGGAGAACGGUCUAUGAAUGUCUUGGCUCUCUCGCCGUUCCCGCAGCAGCAGGAUGGCUAGAAGCAAGCAGAGGGAACCGCAGUCUCUGGCUAGCAGCGCCCUGGCUCUGGGGGAUCGCCUACCAAACCCUAGGAGGGGGGAUAAUCAUCCCCCUCCAGAUGCUUGCUAUCAUCCUCACUGCCGACGAGCCCAAGCGUAUCCGGCAAGGCCAGAUCGCCCGCGCAGAUGCUGAAGGAGCGCUGCUCGGCCUUUUGCUGGGGUACGUAGCACCGUCGUUGUACCUCGCCCUCCGUCCGGACUCGCUCAUCGCCGCCGUGUGGCAAGCCUUCCCGAUCUACAUAUCAAUUAUCAAGGUCUUCUAUUCUACUCUACGCAGGCUCGUGACUCGCAAAGGCGCGACGCUCGACGGGUACUGGGCCACUCAGGUCACCUACGGCAUCUGCGGUCUCCUGGGACUCGCCUCCCACCUACGCGUCGUCUACAGUAUCAUCAGUUCCGUCAACUUUAUCGGAGAGCUGCAAUCCAUGUUCCUUCCGAGCAUCUUCAACCUUCCACCCGGAUCGUCGACCAACGCCGCAGCGUGGCACAUGCUCAAAUGGGACAACGCGCUCAUGUUCGGUUCAUGUCUCGUCGCCGCGCUCUGGCUGAGUAUCGAACUUGGAAAAGGGCUAGAAGGCCCGACGACGAUCGCUUUCGUCCAGGGUAUCCCGGCGUUUGGUCCAGGGCCAGUGAUGGCCGCCGCGUGGAUCUGGCGCGAAAAGGGGCUCAGGGAGAUGAGGCGGGACCUAGAUAAGCUGGAGAAGGAGGAAGCAGAGAAGGAGCUGAACAAGGGCAAUGUGGAGGCGAAAGCGAUCAAGGCUAGUGCUGUGGAGAGCGAUGCGGGCAGCGGGGUUGAGACGCCCUUGAAGAGGAGCAAGAAGAGCAAGACCAAGCCUAAACGGCUUGACUGAACGUCGGCCCUUCGCCGGAGGGUCACGCGAAUACUCAGCGCUGCAAUUAAUGGCCCACACCUAUGGUUCCCGCGACACACUUGCAGCCUGGACAACGGAGUGACGGCCGACGAUCCCUUGCGUAUCCCUUA